AUGACGUCGGCGAUGUUGAGGCUCUCCACAGGAGAUCUCAAAGGGGAAACAGGGAUUAAAACAAAUAUCAUCAAUGUGCUCGAGGAUGUAGACAUUGGUCCUGGGAGAUCUCGCAUUGCCGUAGUGCAAUAUGCUCUGCAACCGAGCGUCGUUUUCGGUUUCGACAAGUACUACUCGAUGAAAAGUGAGGUGUUGAGCGGAUGUCGUACACUGGUGGGGCGACAAUGCUCGCUAAAGCGCUCUCAUUUGCUUCAGGUUUUUACUUUAUCGGGAACAAAAUAUGAGAGAUGUGAAGAAACGAAACAUAAACUCAUGCCGACACCACGACACGAUCGGUUACAGGUCCUGUGUCUUGUGUCGGAUGGUGCGUCAGAUGAUAACAUUGAUAAAUCAACGGCUUAUCUUCACGAGAAGCUGCAUAUCAAGAUCUUUGCGAUGGUGACGCGCCAUUUCAACAAAAACCGUCUUUUGGCAGUGACUCGUUAUGAAGGCUCAAUUUUCGUUAUGGACCAGAAAGAGAGUAUAAGUAUUUGGCUCUGGCGACAACAGAAAUGUGGGCAGAAUUAG